AUGGUACCGAUGGGAAAGCUGAUUGUGACACUGUGCUGCGUUUGCUGGGCCGGGCGGUUGUGUGUGGCGGUGCCGAUCCCGGACAGUGAUGGCGACUUGGUGGAUUCGUUGUCGUCGUCGAAGGAAGACAGCCAGGGCUUCUCGCUCAAGAGCCUCUAUAGCCCGGCGGAGUACGGCUCGGGUGGGGUGACGGUAAAUGAGCUGGGCGAUACAGUGGUGGCGGUCAAUGAUAGUUCAGCCAACACCACGCAGGAACUCUACGUUAUCAAAGCAGUAGUUUACGAAAUUGGAAUACUGGUCAAUACGCCAGAUAAUGAAACCCUGGAAGACGGCGAGCCAAUCACCCAUCAGCAGGUGGACCUGACGUUCUUUAGCCACAGUGACAACGGAACGCACUUCGAUCUGGGCGAUAUACCGGUUCCGGUUCACACGAGCAUACAAGGCCAGGUGUUCACGGGGAUCGCACCCGUACACCUUGGCGCGGUACCGACAAACUUGACCGAUCUGCUUACCGCCCUGCCGAUCGCCGGCACCGUCGUGAACAUUACGCAAAGCAACAGCUCUUACGUGGAGCUCCACAGGCACAACAUCAGCGAUGCGCCUGUGCUGCUGUCCCACAACGAUCUGGCCACUCUGUCGUUCGCAAAUUCGGCCAGUGACCCGCUCGUGCCGAAUGCGGUCGACGAAACGGUCCUUGGGCUGGCGGCACCCAGCACGAAGCAGGUGCCCGGUGAAGAGGACAAGCACGACUAGCGGCGGUGUGCCACGUGACUUGUAAAUUAGUUUCUAAGGUUAAGCUUACUUUUAAAACUGUACGACGCUAGCAACUGUGUGUGAUCUUUGUGGGCAGCGAUCUUGUCUCACUACACUCUAAUAUCUUCGAGAGAAAGCCGAUUAUUGUUUGGCAACAAUUGCGCCCAAUGUACGUGCGUGUGUGUAUGCCCGAGAGACUUAGUCACGUAUUUAAAU